AUGGACGGUCAUCUUCGCCGGCCGUCAACCCCUUCCCAGCAGGUUAAAGUGUCGCCUGGAUCCUCCAUUCCCUUGUCGCCGACCUUCGAGAUGCAUGAUUCUGAGAUCUCCUCUCUUGUUUCCGCUCGGCCGUAUCGCUCAAAACGUCACCGGCCAUGCGACCAAUGCCGGGCCCGAAAACUCGGCUGCCAGACCGAUGAUGGCCUUCCUUGCCAGCGAUGCCGGGCGACUCGGCUUGAUUGCACCUUCGACAGGCCACCGCCGAAACGGACUCGUCUGUCGGAAUCCGUUGCAUUCACGGACCCCAGCAUCGAGUUGCCAGUGAUGCCGCCGGAAAAACCAAUUUUCAUCCAAAACUUGCAGGACCCAUCGCCGCAUGGAAGCCCAACUGAGAGCGCCGGGCGCCCAUUCUCCUCCCUUGGCUUCGGCGAAGUUGGGGGCCCAUCUCCCGCUUCGGGGAUCUUGCUGGCCGCUCGGCCGUCUGCCCAGUUCGUGCAGAGCAUUGACCGACUCGAUCAUGGCUAUGCGCAAUUGUUCGGGGCCUCAUCCGAGUCGGAUCCAUGGCUGCUACGCCAUUGUCAAUUCGAUGAUGCGGGAAUGAGGCUUUUCUACAAAGUCCACUAUCGCAAUGCCGGAGGAGUGCCCACAGCCCAGCGGAUUCCGAUCCAUUUCAUGAUCUCAUCCGAGGAUUUGUCCUCGACGGCCAAGCAGGAGACCAGAGCUGGAAUGGGCGAGGCGACGCGUGAACAGCUCGAUUUCCUCGUCCCCCCUGAGUAUGGGAGACGAUUGGUUGCCCUGUUUGUCAAGUAUGUGUUCCCUGCCUUGCCUGUCAUCUCACGGUCCCAACUAGGAUUGACCUCGGCGUCAUGUCAGCUACCCGAGCUUGUGGCGUUGGCAAAGGUGCCAGUGCAUCUAUUGGCGGCUAUCUAUGCAUCUGCCUUUUCAUUCAUUGCCCACGAUGACUACCUCUGCGUUCUCAGUACAUACCACACCUCGCCCACCCAGAAAUUGUGGCGGAUGGUGUAUGAACUGAUCAGUGAAGAAAUCCAUAGCCCACGACUGGCGGUUUUGCAGGCGGCAUUACUCUACCUACACCAGCACCUGAUGGAUGAUGCUCGCUAUACGACCGCCGAUACCCCUUUUCUGUGGUCUUUUGUGGGUCAAGUAGUCGGGCUGGCAUGUUCGCUCGGCGUUCAUAUCGAAUGCCGGAUGUGGGGAAUCCCAGCGUGGGAGAAGCGGCUACGGCGUCGUCUCUGGUGGGCCGUAUACGCCGAAGACAAAUGGCGUAGCUUGCUUAUGGGCCGGCCACCUUACAUCCACUCGGCAGAAUGGGAUGUGAGCGAAUUGGAUGAGGGCGAUUUCUUGGUUGGGCCUCGCCAAGGCUUCUCGACAUGUUCAUGUGACACCGAAAUCCCGUUUCGAUAUCUGGUCAACCUAGCACGUAUUGCGCAGGAGAUUCAUGAGACUUUCUACACCUUGAGAGCAUCACAAGUCCUCAGUGUCGAUUGUAAUUCCUCCGCCGAGUUUGGCCGGAUGCUUCUUGAAAAGCUCAACGAGUGGUAUUCCUCUCUGCCGGAAUCGUUCCGUCUUCCCAAUUGGAGCAAGUCUGUCCAGGGACUUGCGCCAUACCCGACAUCGAUUCACUUUGCAUACUUACUACUUGUGGUUUAUGUCUACCGUGCCAUGCUACGUCCUUUGGCUCGGUCGUCUAGUCCGCCCAUGAUCUUUGAUCUGGAGGAGAUGCCGACGGGCUCACCCUUGCCUAUGGAUGAUCCUGUCUUGGAUUUUUCGGAUGUCUGCGCCAUUGAAAAUUUAUCUGAGAUUUCCACAUCCGACCCGUCCGGCACCAGUGAAGUCACUCUACAUGCUGCCGAAAAAUGCGCUUCUAUCAUGGUUAAUUUCACUCGACGACUCACACCAAGCGAUUUCACCGGUUUCUGGUAUUCCUCGCCUAAUACGGCGCAUGCGACACGGGAUAAGCAGCUGGUCGAUUCUUGGCUUCAGGUACUGCGAUGUCAAAGCCAGAACCAUAUUCUUCACCAUACCCUAGCAUUAUUUGCCCUAGGAGGAACCUUGCGCCAACUAGAGCAAGCCUAUGGACUGGCUGUCGAUUCGCAACGCCGCACGCGCCCUCCUGAUGUUCGCCGCGUGCUGGACUUUGCCGAUUCAACCAAAUUCAAGACUUGUUUAGGCAAAGGGAAGUACUAUGAUGAUUAUUUUGCGUUCUUUCAAAAUGAAAUCCGCCACAAAGGAGUUGCUAGGACCGUAAAUGAACUGAAUAUUUACAUAUCAGGAUUUCUCCACUCCCCGAUUCACCUUGGAUAUGCCAUCGAGUUUGACCAGCCUCUCAUCGCGGCUGAGGCUCUCGCAUUGACCGCGGUUCACGAUUCGUCAUUUGGCGAAGUUCUCCACAUGGUAGAACAAGUCGCACAAUCAUCUGACACAUCCCGAAGCCUCAUUGAUCUCCAACGGGAGAUCGCUGGCAGCAAGACACUUCGGGGAGCGAUGCAAUACGAGUAUGGGGUUUUUCAGAUCCAAGACGGGCUUCUGGCACAUGCACGAGACGAAUUUCUGCGCGUUAUUGCAUCAUGGAAGGUCGAGCCAUCUGAGCUGCAUCGCAAGACUGCCGAGUCGCUCAAUUCAACCGUGUACUGGACCGCUCUCGCCCAACGCCCCGAGAAACAGAUUCGCUUCGACUUUUUCCUGAUGCAUUCUGUCACGGCGGGCUCCCUAUGGCCAGUUCUCACCCACACCCCAUGGAUUUCCACCGCGGUGAAAUGCCGGCUGCUGGAAUGGAAAGGCCGGGCGGAUCUAAUGCUGUACUGCCAAACCGGGGCUCCUGCGUUGCGACCCGACGAAUUGGCUGCUUAUCAGCCCCAGCAGCCCUCGUCAUGGCCGGCGAUCUUUCACCGAGCGUGUGAGUAUGCAGACGAUGGACACCUCGCAAAGCUGAUUCGGGGUAUCGCGACGGCCGCCGAGAUUUCAAUGCCUUUCCAGCACGAUCCCCACUUCCUGCUAACCCGUCCAGAGCAAUUCCUCACAAUUGCCCACAUGAUCCUUGAUUCUGCCGAGCAAUUCAACCGCGAGUCGGUCGCUCGGGAAACUGAGAUGAUCUGCGCGCAGUAUGAAUAUCCCCGGCUCAUGUCGCCCGAGAUCCAACGCGUGACGGCGCGGUGGCCACGCAACGUCGGGUUUGAGCAGGCCUGGUUCCAUGUGCCCAGUCGGAAGGGCAAGUCUCUUGCGCAGCUCUAA